CCACCCUCCUCCACAAGCUGGCAACCUUCCUGCCACCAUGCCCUCUGCAAUGUUGUACCUCACGCUGCAGGUGGGAGUGGGCUUAAGAGGGAUUCACUAUCCCAUCCCACUUAAACCGCUCCAGCGGGAGCCCAUUGGAAAGGUAAAAAAUUAACUGUGCUAGCCCUAUUAGCCCAGUGGAAUCCCACCUUAGCCCGAUAGGUUAGUUCUCUCGCUGGACAGAGGCGGCGCCGCAGUGCAGGCGCACUCCUGCUGCCGCCGCUCGAUGGCUGCCGCCGCCGCAUCACCUUCUCUUCCGCCUCGCACUCAGCACCUCUCGGCCUCCCCUCCCUCGCAGCUUCUUGUCGUCCCAAUCAAGACUCGCCGAUCCCCUCGAGCACGGUCGGACGCGAUGGUCAGGUCGCCGGUGGCCCCAACCCCGACCCCCAGGUCGCCGGUGACCCCAAACCCGAACUCCAGCUCGCCGGCAGCCCCAACCCCGACCCCCAAGUCGUAGGCUGCCCCAACCCCGACUCCCAGCUCGCCUGCUGCAGAUCUUGAGGAGCACAAGGUUACUAAUGAGCUCUUGUGUGCCAUAAAAAUUGAGAAGGCUAAUGACCCGGAUCUUGAAGAGCACAAGGGUGCUGGUGAGCUCCUUACGGAACCACCAAAGUGCAAGAAAAGGAAGCGAAGUAGGCAGAGUAGCGGCAAGCUUCAUGGGGAACACCAAGAAACGGACAAAGUCGUCAUGAAGCCGUUGACGUCCAAGAAAAAGAGGAAGGCAAGUGAAGGAAUGUGCACUAAUCCACCGGCACCGUUGUUUGGACCUUUGGCCGUUGACAUGGAUAAGCAGCCACCACCAUUGAAGAAAAAAAGGCUUAAUAAGGGAGAUGUUGCAACUAUACCAUCAUCCGGAUCUUUGCCCAUUGACAAGGAUAGGCAGCCAUCACCUGGAUCUUUGCCUGUUGACAAGGAUAAGCAGCCAUCACUUGGACCUUUGGCCGUUGACAAGGAUAAGCAGCCAUCACCUGGAUCUUUGCCCCUUGACAAUAAUAAGCAGCCAUCAUCUGGAUCUUUGGCCGUUGACAAGAAUAAGCAUCCAUCACUAUCCAAAAAAGUGGUAAGGUCUCCAGUCCUUAACAAUGUCGUAGUUUCAUUCUUAGCAAGAAGAGAAAAAAAGGUUAAGUCACUAGAGAGCUCUCCAACGUCACAGCCUUCGCUGCUAGCUCUGUCACCCAAAGUAGCAAACAUUGGUUCACGCAGACCACGAAAAUUAAAAUCAAAAAUUUGGUAAGCGGCAAAACCAAUCUAUAUUGAUGGAAUGCUUGCACAUGGUCGUUGCAUUCAUUGCGACAAACUCUUCCCUGCCUCAAAAAAGUCGGGUACAAGUCACAUCGGUAAACAUUUGGUGGUAUGUGAAGAGAAAGCUAAAAUGGAUGGUAUGGUUGCCAAGAUACAAACUGAUACUGCAAUUGAUCCAGAGUGGAAGUUUGACCAAGGGCGUGCACGUAGAGCACUGGCAAAGUUGAUUGUGCUACAUGAAUUACCUUCCAAUUUUUUUGAAUAUCCUAGCUUUAGGUCGUUUGUUAAGACGUUGAAUCCAUGGUUCAACGUGGUAUGCGGAGAAACAAUUAAACAAGAUUGCAUUGAUGCAUAUGAUAGACACAAAAAAGAAAUUCAAGAACUUUUUAGCAAUCUAAGUUCUCGAGUAUCAUUAACGGGUGACUUGUGGACGUCUAAUCAAAAGCUGGGUUAUUUAUGCAUAACUGCCCACUUUAUUGAUGGCUCAUGGACUCUACAAAACAGAAUAAUCACAUUUUGCCUCUUAGAAACUCCACACAACGCCCAUAACAUGUUUGACAUGGUGCAAAAGAGCUUGAGAGAUUGGAACAUUGAAGACAAAAUCUUUAGCUUUACCUUGGACAAUGCACCAGUUAAUACCUCGAUGGUUGGCCACUUAAGAAAAAAUCUGGCAGAUAGGUAUCUUGUGCAUCAUAGUGGAAAAUUAUUGCAUGUUAGAUGUGCUGCACAUGUACUGAAUCUCGUGGUGCAAGAUGGGCUCGAUGCAAUGGCGUCCGUUGUUGAUAGAAUCAGAGAUUCAGUGCAGUAUGUCAGGAGUUCGCAAGGCAGAAUGGAGAAAUUCAAUGCGAUGAUUGCGCGGGUGGGACUUGCUUGUAAAAACCAUCCUUCGCCAGAUGUGCCUACCCGAUGGUAUUCAACGUACCUAAUGCUUGAAUCGUCAUUGCCAUUCAGAGCAGCGUUCGAAGCCUUGAAAGAAACUGACAAAGAUUAUAAAUUUGCUCCUUCAGCUAGUGAAUGGGAGAUGGCUGAUGCUAUUUGCCAUCUUUUGGGCGCUUUUUACACAGCCACAAAGAAAAUCUCGGGUAGGACAUAUCCCACCUCUCACCUGUACUUCUAUGAGGUCUGGAAUGUGAAGCAGAUAAUGGAGAAAGAAGUCACAAGUGAAAAUCCUACCAUUGUUGCCAUGGUGAAAGAGAUGGAGGAGAAAUGGAUGAAAUAUUUUGAGGAGUCAUUCUUAACAAGUUGUCUGCCAGUGAUAUUUGAUCCGAGGUACAAAUAUGAAUAUGUUCACUUCCAACUGACCGCAGCUUUUGGUGGUGGCGCCGGGAAAUAUCUUACCAAGGUGAAUAGUGCGAUGAAGAUCCUAUUUGCUGAAUAUGCAUCUGAAUAUGAAAACACUUCUGGUGAAGGUGAUGAGGUUGCAGAGGAGGAUGGUGAGGGCACUCUCGAUGACUGGGAUAAGCAUUUGAGAUUGAAAAGAUCCCACAACUCAAAUGAGCUACAACGAUAUCUUGAAGAAGACUUGUUUCCUCACCGACAGAAAUUGGAUAUCUUAAAGUGGUGGGAGAUUCACUCCCCAAAGUAUCCACUGCUUGCCGCUAUAGCACGGGACAUAUUGGCAGUGUCUGUGUCUACAGUGCCUGCAGAGGCUGCAUUCAGCAAUGCCGGAAGGAUCAUCACUGCUCAAAGAAGUAGUUUGACCCCGAGUACUGUUGAGACGCUGAUGUGCCUCGAGGAUUGGUUUCGAGCAGCUGAUCGCCAAAAGGCGGAACCAACAGUUGGAGACCAUGGUGGUACCACACCUAUUCAUACCAUGCCUGCCGUGCGCUUCAUGUAGCUAACAAGUUGAAUUCGUCAUCAAUCUAUCCGUUGCUAGAGUUGUUCUUCAAGAAUCAGGUCCUCUGUUCAGACUCUGUGGACAUUCGUCAUCAACCUGCCGUGCGCUUCAUGCAUUCCUCACCAUUUUAGUGUGCUCGGCCUUGCAUUUUCACUUGAUCAGUAGUUGUGUGUUCUCGCCGUCGUCGAGACUCUGCAACUUUAUAUAUCUGUGGGCAGAGUUAACCAACAGAUGGAACACACUUUAAUUGUUGUCUUGGUUUGCACUCUUAUUAUCCUCUCGUAAAUCGAUUCAUCCGUAUAUGUAUAUGUAACUGAAGGUUUAGUAGAUCUCAAGUGUGAUGUUUUC